UUCAAUGUGCAUAUGCAAAAAAACCUCUGUGGCAUCAUACAAAAAUCUUAUUUUUUUCUGCAGUUUAAACUUUAAAUUCGCUACACAGUACAUUCAGUUUUUAUGCUUUAAAUAUUAAAAACUUGUGGACGAUAAUUCAUUCAAUAGCCGCCGUCGCCGCGUUCGCCAUCUCGCGAUCGCUCUGUCGAGGCUCAGCUUUGACGUUUGCGAAAGCUUGCGUCCGCGCGUUACACAUUUGUGGUUUUGCUCGCGUGGAAAGGUAGCUCGAGGGGAAAAAUUCGUGACGUGCUCAACUCGUUUAUCUCUCUCUAUCUAUUUACCUUUCCCACUCUCGCGUACAGUGCCCGUUGAAAUGUCCGUGUGCUCGUGAGGCUCAUGUCCGCGCGCGCGCGCGAUCAUCGACGACGACUGACGACGACGACUACGACACGUUCGCUCCGCCGUCUCGUUCGAAAGAAUUAAGAGCAGCUUGGUGGAAAACAAUAAUGCGCAUACCAGGCGUGUGGAGACGGCAGUGCGAGCGACGAUAGUUCAGGAUUUCAAAAAUUGCUGUGAAUCAAGCUAUACUAUCUUACAGGCAGCAUGAAUAAUCCUUAUAGAGCCAGACCUACAAGGUCUCGGGUAGAUCAUUCAGCUGUUUAUGGAAUGCAUAAUCAAAAUAUGUGGAUGCCCAUGUCGAGACCGCAAUCGGAUGUUCCAAACGACACCACCCAGCAACACCCUGUUGCGAAUCAAUCAAAACACAUGAGCGAUACAUGGAAGGAUCCCUGGGAUUGGAAUUUGGAUCAGCAAUCAGAUUCUCAGCAACAGCAGCAGCAACAUUACGUACCUUCUUAUCAGAAUCAAGGGCCACUGAUAUCCAAUUCUAUGCAAGAUCAUUAUUUCAAGAACCUCAAUGACAAUACGUCUGAUGUACUUAAUCAGAAUUCGAUGUCAGAUAGAAACUCUCCUAGAUCGGAGGCCACUCUUCAGACUGCUCCAAAUUACACGGAUUCGUUCCCUCCUUAUGCGAAUCAUAAUCAAAACCAACAGUAUCCUUUGCCGCCUCGACAAAACGUCACGAAAUCUGGAUACGAGUCUGCUCAAUGGCCGAGUGAACAUCAGUCGCAGAAUAUGUACACGCAGCAGAGACUUGUGCCGCAACAAAAUCAGAAAGAUCAAUCACCGACGCAUUUACCACCUGUAACGUCACACAAUAAUUGGAACCAAGACGAAACGGCGAAUUUGUCAGCACAGCGUAACUGGCAGAAUCACAAUGAAGUGUUGGGUCACUGGCAGGAUCAAAAUAUGCCGAAGGAGACGCAGCAGCACGUCGACAAUAUGAGCAAUCAGUAUAGGCAACCACCACAAAUAUAUAAUGCGCCUGUUGAAGGGAUCAGCAAGGACCAUUCGUUGAAUUGGACUGCUAACCGACAGCAAGAUAUUACCGAAGCGAGUAAUAAAUCGAACACUGUACCGAGUCAGUGGCACAAUCAAAAUCGUGAGACCACGAUGAUCCAUCAUCCGUCGACGCAUCUAGUACAAACGAAUAACAUAGAUGAUUCAUUUAAUUCUUGGUCGCAGUCAGGCAACAUCAGCGCCCCGCACGAUUGGAGACAUCCUAACGUGCAGAGCGAUAUACAUGCGAAUCAAUGGUUGCAACAGAUGGAUAGCAAUUCAUUCAAGGAGAACGUGCUGCAAGAUGAUAAGACUAAGUUAGCCGCAAGCGAGAGGCAAGUAGAUCAACAACAAACGCACGCAGCGUUUCCUUAUACUUCCGCGCCACCGAUUGUACCUACGACCUUGGAAAAUAUUGUACAUAGGCCGAAUAACAAUGAGCAGCAGGAGAACGAAAAACAGAUGACAGCUUCUGUCGUGAGCACCGCGUCAUCUCACGAUUCGAUUAAUCAUGGGAAAUCAAGCGAUAUCAAGUCGUCCAUUGGAGAUGACCAUAAUUUGAACUCCGAUGAAUCAUCGAAGAGCGAUGCUUUUGGAAGAAACGUUCUUACCGGCGAAGAUAACGAUCACACUUUUGUCUCUUCAGCGACGGAAGAAUUGUCCAGCAGCUUUGGCCAACUCAGUCUUGGAAGCAAGUCGGGGAAGCACGCGGAUCAUUCGAGUGAAUUCUUAGAGAUACAUUCGAGCUCCAUAGAUGAGAGAGUUCAACAUUCGACUGCUAACUUUAACGCGACGAACAUUCGAAGUAAUCUUGUUCCUGAAAAUAUGCCUGUAUUGCCUCCGAAUUAUACAUCAAACAGCGUGGAAAACUCUCCCUCCGUCGACGGUCAGUCGGUUGUCGGUCAGGAUUUGAUACCGAAUACAUAUCAGAGUGGUGCUACCAAGGUAACGGAUAGCAUCUCGCAAAGCGGAUAUGAUCAAUGGUACAAUCACGGUGCAUCGCAGACAUCAAUGGAGAUGGACGCGUGGUACGCGAAUGAUCAAAUACGCCCGACGCCCAAGCAGUGGAACGCUCCUCGGCAAAAUGUGGAAAACUAUGAAAAUAUCCAGCAAACGUCCGACUUCGUGAACGUCGAGGUUGUUGCGCCUGCGGCGUUGCAGAAGCGCGACAUUUAUGGAUCGCGUGAUUCCAUAAAUAAGGAAACGUUGGACAAUGAUCCGAAGCCAAGCACGAGUCCCAAGGAGGCGACGAACAUUCGGGACUUGAGGGAGGAAGCAAAUAACAUCCAAGUGUUGUCGAUGCAACAGCAAAUGCGCUCUCAUCCGCCUCUACAAGAACAGAUGCCGGACAACUACGAGUUCGCUUCGAACGAUAGAAAUACGUUUCUGGAGACCGGCGAGCUGACGGAUUCGCAUCAGGAGCACGAGCCGACGCCGCCGAGCCAGGAUGACGAAAAUGACGAAGUGCCUAAUGAUAUUCCUUUCCUGCGCGAAGUGCCAGGGCAAUCGAGCUCCAUAGAUCCGCGCAGAAACGAUCCCACGGGCCAAGAGCACAACGUGCAGACGACCGGGCAACGGCUGUCCGAUCCCAGGAGAAACGAUCCUUCGGGCCAAGAGCAGAGUAUGCAGGUUAGAAACGUGCCCGACAGAGCGGAACGUCGCGAUGUACUUCCGGGGCAAGAGAGAAACGCUCCUCUGCUGUUGCGGGGCGAGUCAGAAACGCUAGAACGACGAAACGAUCCUUCGGGUAGAGAGCGCUCUCUUCCGCCGCAACAGUCGCGAAACGAUCCGUCGGGCGAAGAAAGGUAUCAGCUGCAGUCUCCGAUGAUGUUGGAGCCGAGCGAGAUCCGCCAGGUGCUCGGUAGAGGCAACGAAUCCGAGGAAGCUGCGCAGCAGACGGACGCGGAGCUCAGGCAAAUUCCAGGCGGAGCGUCUUCCAACGAUGUCACGCCGUUGCUGGACGACAGAACGACCGGCGGGAGAAUAGUUACGGGCUCCCCCACGGAAGUUCUGCCGACGAUGUCCGCGAUACAGGAUCAGACGAGCGAUUCACGAAUUAAGCGCGAGGAAGCGGUGGGCGCGUCCUUGGAAAGCGAGAAUCAGGGUAUUUCCGGCUCGUCGAACCGACGGGAUUCCUACGAGGACGAAGAUGACAAGGGAUCUCGCAACAGCCGGGAAGGGAGUAGAGAGAGACGACGGGAGGGCAGUCCCGAUCGCAGACGAUACGAAUACGAUCGGAAGAACGCCUAUUACGAUCGCGAUCGCGAGUACGAGGAUGAUUAUUAUUACGAUCGGCGGCGCGCAGCCGACAACGAUCGCCAGUACAACGCCCGUGAUGAUUUCGAGCGUCGGGACGUCUCGUAUCGGGAUGACGAUCGUAAGCAUCACAGCCGCGACGACUUGGACCGGCAUGCCAGAGAGGACAUGGAUAGAAGAGUCAGGGGAAAAGAGGAUCUGGACGAGCGGGACGGCAGGCGAAGGCCGGACGUAGGCGUGGAUCGUAGAAGAGGCGACGAUCCACGUCGUCGAGAUGCCAGAGAUCCCUACGAUUCACGGUAUCCCAGAGAUCCCAGAGAUACUAGAGAUAGGGAUUAUAUGGAUCGCGAGAGAAGGAGGGACGACAGACGGCCUCGAAGAUACGACGAUUACGAUAUUAGAGAUCCGUACAGAAGAGAUCCGUACUACGACGAUCCCUAUGGAAGAAGUUCCAGACCUUCGAGUAGAUCUUCCUACAACGAUAGAGAUCGCGAAUAUUACAUGCGUGCGAGGGAUCCUUAUUAUGCAUACAAUGGAUACGGAGGGUAUGAUUAUAGCGCUCAUUACGGCAGCAAUUAUUACGCGUACCUUGAAAAUCUACGUCGAACGAAUCCUGCCGCCUAUUCCGAGUGGUAUCAUAAAUAUUACGCCAGCCAGCAGCAGCAACAGCAUAUCGGCAGGGGUGUCAGCAAUUAUCCAGAGGAUAGAGCCAGUGUUCACUCCGGUCGGAGUUCCUGCGAUGACAGGACCACUGGCGAGAAGCGAACAUUGGGUGAUAUAUCACUGCUGGAAGAUUCGGCAAUUGCUUCUGCUCGGUUAACACCGACCAAAUAUUCUACAUCUCAUGCAUAUGGCUGUUUCUCCAUUGGAUCUUUGAUACACGUUUACCCAAGUUAUCCAGCUGACGGCGAGAGAGCUAAAGUGGACAUCAUCCGCGUAGAUAAUUUGCUCUCACAUGAUUCUAUUGCACGCGACUUACGAUUAUACCCGGGACCUUUAAUUAAUGGCGUAACGCAUAAGAAGACUAUCAUAGAAUAUUGCGAAAAUAAGAUUAAGAAAGCAGUGGUGAACGAAGAGAUGGUCGAUCGUGCGUCAUAUAUUCUGCUAUACGAACUGAUGAUUAUGUUAAUUCAACAAAAUGGGAACGUCGUCGGUGUGGAUAUCGCUGGGCUCUUAUUGCGUAAUAAGGAAGCUCAUCCUUACGACACAAACAAACUCAGACCCCAAGAUGUAGGGCGCAGGGAAUCACAGAUAUCACAACGAUCCGGAGCAACAGGCGGUGACGGAAGUACUCAGGACAUUUCCACGCUGUCUGAUAAAACAGAAACCAAGCUGCGAAAAACCACAGAGCAAAUAACAGAUGAAUUCAGAGAUACACUCCUCUAUGGGCGUGUUCAAGAAGCAUUAGAGUAUGCGAUGAAUGAAGGACUUUGGGGCCACGCUCUCUUCCUGGCUAGUAAACUGGACAAACGCACGCACGCUUCUGUGAUGACUCGUUUCGCGAACAGUCUGCCACCGUAUGAUCCAUUGCAGACUCUGUACCAGUUGCAUUCUGGGCGUGUACCUGCUAUAGUCACGUGCGUUGCGGAUCCACGUUGGGACGAUUGGCGGCCUCACUUGGCUAUGAUUAUCUCCAAUACUUCGGCGAAUCCAGAAGUCAAUCGCCGGUCAAUAACGACUCUCGGGGACACGUUGUUUACGAGAGGAGACAUCCACGCUGCACAUUUCUGUUACAUUCUUGCGCAAAUUGAUUUUGGGGCUUAUGGAACCAGCGGAGUUAAGCUUAUACUAAUCGGCGCAAAUCAUAAUAAACCGUACUCCGAAUUCCUUACAACGGAAGCUGUCAUGUUAACGGAGAUCUACGAGUAUGCUCGAAACCUCAGUGAUCCAGGCUUCACAUUAAUAGAUCUUCAAACAUUCAAAUUCGAUCUAACAAUGAAAAUGGUGGACUGCGGAUUAAUUGAAAAGGCUCUGUUGUAUAUUGAACAGAUUGCAACAAAUAUUGCGAACGACCCAUUGAAAUAUAAGAAAGCUUUCAUCAAAGCGGUUUAUGUGUUGGGCGAUCGAAUCAAGUAUCACGAUCCGGUCUUUAAGGAUGCUGUUGAAGAGGCUGCGAAUUUAAUGUGGCUUAACAAAUUGGCUGAGAUAGUUGGAAAAUAUCAAGACGAAGAAAUUGUUGAAAAUGAAACAUACAAUUCCCACGAUGAUACUGCUCGUACCAUUAUAGAAAACCAGGAAGUUCAUGAAAUGAAACAACACCAACAACACCAACAACACCAACAAUUGUUACCGCCGUCAAUGUCGCAACAGCAAUAUACUAUUACUCAACCCGACUAUAACAAUGGUCCUACAUCGGUGAUGGAAGUCAAUACCAGCGAGUUGCAAUCGGAUUGGCAGCCGCUAUCUUUACCGACAAAUAUUCAAGAUACAUACGACUCGAACGUACAAUACAUAAGAAACAUGGACGAAUCUUCUCAAUACCAGCAGCCGCCGCCGCAGCAGCAAGAUUAUUGGAAUCAGCAAUCGUUUUAUCAGGGAAAUUAUGGAAGAAAUGAGCCAGCACCAUCUAACUGGCAGCAACAAUCCACACCAGGCUUGACCAGCGAUCAGGCUGAAAUUGAUAGCUCGCAACAGCAAGAUAAAUGGAAUUAUGAGGCGGAAAGGGAAGACAAAACACCCACUCCUGAACCUGUGCGGCAAACAAUCUCUAUGACACCGUCGACGGGUAAGCAGUAUGAUCCAUUGGAAGAGUUGGAUGCGCUUGAAACACCAAGAUCGAACUCUAAAACUGGGGAAGCAAAGAAAACCGAGAAAACGACUGAAAAGAAACCUGCUAACAGUGGCGGCUCUUGGUUCGGUGGUUUGUUUAGUAAACUUGCGCCAAAGCCGAAAAAUCAAAUGAUAUUACCAGACGAUAGCAACCCAACGAUUGUUUGGGAUCCUGUUGCCAAGAAGUGGAUGAAUAAGGAUGAGGACGGCGAUGGCGGUGCUGGCACAUUGGCACCACCGCCAAAAACUACCGAUAUGAAUUUUCGGGCGCCGGCGAUAGAACGCGUUUCACAACCGGCACCACCGGUCAGCACACACAGUGAAGACGCACCGACGAUGGAUACCUCGAAAUUGCUUACUGGUAGCAACAUGUUCAAACUGCCAAAGGGUAGAAAUAUGCGUGCCAAUUACGUAGAUGUAAUGAAUCCUGGCGGAUCCAAAAGUAACACGGCAUCGUCCAACAUGCUUACUCCCAUGACAUCACCGCUUGUACCUAUGGCUACUUCGUCCCCGCAGUUAUUCGUCCCCGCGCCAAUUACUGAUCCAAAUGCUCCCAUGGAUUUCCUGACAUCGGCAGCAACACCAUCAUCUGGAAAUGUCGCGGAGAAUACACCACAAACACUCUCUCGCUGGAGCUCGACCAGCUCGUUAUCACGAGAGGUGCAGAGCUACACAAUAAGGGAUCCGCGGCUACUUCAACGGAACAAGGGACCAAUGAUGUUUAACCCGAGUGACAUGAAGGAUCGUUCGGUGAAGAACAUACCAUCCAGCAGAUAUCCUCCGCGAUAAUUCAUGCGAUUGUUUAUGCAAAUAAUUUGUCAUUCAAAUUAGGAGAUUUUCUGCAAUCGUGUGCGUUUUGUUUCUGUAUGAAACGUGACGGCAAUUCCGUGAUGACAUAUUGCUCACAGUCUUUUUGGAAAGAUUGUGUAUAGCCGAAGGAUAUAAAAAAUUAAUUUUGUUUGAGUUUGUUUCAUAAUUAUAUUUAUAAUAUCUAAUUAAGAACCGCAUUGAAAACGAAAAAAAAAAAUUUGGAAUAAUAUUUCCGUACAAUGGAAGGUAACAAUGGCGGAAUGGUGCUGCUAGUUAAAUUCGAAUAUAUAAUCCUAAUUUGUCAACCAAAAGCUUCCAUUGCUCAUUUUUUUGGUAAGAAAAUGUGCUUUUGUUUAAUGAAUUUUUGCGGAAUGUUUUAUGCGCAGUGCAACGAAUUUAUUUGGAAGCUAUACAUUGAUAUCCAUUUUUAGAAAUGCAUAUUCCCAUCGAAUGGUUACCUGUGCAUUUGCGUAAUUGCGUAGAUUGGGUUAAUUGUCGCUAGGAAAAGUGCGCGAGUGCAUUCCCUUUAUUAUAUAUUCGCUUAGCUUGUAAGUAUUGUCAUCGGUACCGGAUUUGAUAUCGUGCGAAAAUUCAAGUUCUGCGAACUGUUUGAAUUAUGCGAGUGAGAUGUAAAGAAGUGUUUACUUGCAACUUACAGCCAGAUCUAUUUAAGUUACGAUCAAUCGUGGUCCUUCAUUAAAAAGAGUGUCUUGUAGACGUACGAUGAUAGAGCGAGGAUUGUAGCGCUAAUUGUAGCUUAACUAUCGCAGAAUUUGUUACAACAUCGGCCUCGGCAUGUGCUGUAAUUCUAAGUCUGAUUUUAUAUGCCGGGAAAGAAGGAAUAUUGCAGCGCCGAUAAAAUCCGAAGUGUUAGGGAUAUGAAAAUUUUAUCGACGACGGGGAGAAUCACGUUAACGAAAAGUGUAUAAUAGAAAUAUUGUUAGAUGUCGGACUACUACGAUAUAACAUUGAUACAUCAAUAAUAAGCAACUGCCAUCAACGUGGAUAGUGCGAAGAGUGAUGAAGAGCGUUUGUAUUGCGUUUUCACUGGUUCAAUCGCGUUAGAUGUAAGAUUUGUCUGUCGGUGUCUAUUUCCGCGAGGUAUUUGAUAGUUCUAGAAGGUUGUGAAAGCUGAUAAUAUACGGAUGCGUGAAGAGCAUCCUGGCGAAGGAUACACGAGUUGGUUGUAGUGCUUUUCCGUGUACGUCGAGAUAUUGUAAAAAUUAAGUAUCUAUGAAUACUUACACGUUUCAGUAAAGAUAUUUUAGCGCACACGCGAAAGCGCUAAAACUAUUCUUUCUAUUCUUAGCUAGAAUGUUUUUACUUCAAAGAUUGAUACCGGUAUAAUUUUGCGGAGUUCACACUUGGAUACAAAAACAAAAAAAAACGCAAAUUUCUUUUUUAGAAAUUGAACUCGUCGAGAUUAUACGGUUUCGAUUCUUGCUUGGCUCAAGUUAUCAUCACUGUACGCUUCGUCCUAUCAUAAUGGAUACCAUUAAUCGUUUGCGGCGGAUAUGAUUCUAGAAAGAAAAACAUUACCUUUGGCUCAUCUCGAUUUUUCUCGCUAGUAAAUUUCCCAUAAAUUUCUGAAAUAAGAAACUCGAAAUUUUCGACAAAAUCUUUCGGAAUGUAGCAUAUUUCUAGCAAGUGGUUAUUCCAUUGCCAUUGACCACAACUAGAACAGGCUGGUUUAUAGAUAUAGAUUUUUGUAAAUUAUGACACUCGUAAUACAUUUUAUAUUUGUGACAUACGAAUUAAAUGUGCCCUAGGUACAUAUGUUAUAUAUGUGUGUGAAUAUACGUGAAAGAUUUGUACAUACUCUAAAUGUAGUUUUCGUAAGCUUGUCCUAUUGUCACAUCGGAAUUAUUUAUAUUAAAAUUUUCUUGUUUUUUUUUUUUUUAAAU